AUGCCGGAGCCUAGCCCUCACAUCACGCUCCCCGUCCAGAGCCCCGACUCCGACGUCUCGCCCAAGACAGCACUGCAGCCCAAAGACAAGGGGAAAUCGGAUUACUUCUCCAUCGAAUCGCAAAAGAAAGAGGAGGAAAAGAAGGGCGCAGAUGCGGGACAGUUGAGUCGCGCCACGACGCUUUCGAGUCUCGCGAGUCCGUCGCUCGAUAGUACGAAAGAGAAUUCCUCCGCCGACUCGUCUCGGACGGAAUCGUUUGCAGCACGGCAUAGAGGGUCGUCGAUAUCGUCGUUGACGUUCGCACCGGUUCGGAAUCCGUCGUUGCCGCAGGGAAACCAGAAGCAGACCGGCAAGGAGCGCAUCAGGGCGUCAUCACCACCACCGGAAAGGUUCCAGACACAUGUGGCCUUCGACAACCUACCGAUUGGCGAGGCGACUAAGAACAACACGCCUUCGCUGACGUUGAACGUCAAGCAUAAGGGCUACCAGGCACAGAGGAGAUCGCGCACAUUUAUGGUCGGCGUCGACGAGCACGCCUAUUCCGAUUAUGCGUUGCAAUGGCUGCUCGACGAGCUUGUCGAUGAUGGCGACGAGAUAGUGUGCGUGCGCGUCAUCGAAAAGGAAGUGCGCACCAACGAUAAGGCGGCGGUUAAGGCAUAUCGAGAUGAAGCCGAGAGUGUCAUGAACUCCAUUCUCAAGCGCAAUGGCGCCAACCGCGCCAUCAGCGUUGUGCUGGAGUACGCCAGCGGCAAGCUGCACUCGACCUUUCAAAAACUGAUCCAAAUGUACCAACCCGCCAUGCUCAUCGUGGGCACCCGCGGCCGAUCACUCGGCGGCCUGCAAGGCCUCGUCAACACCCGCAACUCGUUCUCCAAAUACUGUUUGCAGUACUCGCCGGUCCCGGUGGUCGUCGUGCGCCCUACCGAGAAGCGAGAGAAGAAGAAGAAUAAGAGAAAGAACGACUCUGAACGGCAGACAUACGUCAGGAUGCUGUCCGCAACUGGGGGCAAACACGAGGCCGACAGCGAGCGCAGCAGUAUGUACGAGGUGGAAGUCAGAAACACCGCGGAUGAGGAGGCGCAUCAAGUGGCCAAGGCGCUGGGACUGCCGGCUGCCUUCGACCCCACGAUCAAGCCUGUGGAUCUGAACUCGUUCUUGCAGCCGAGAGGCUACAGCUUGUCUCAGACCACAUCUGUGGCGUCUGGCAAGGCGCCUCCCAGUACGGCCGGCGAUAGCGACGAUGAUGACGACGAUGACGAGGACGAAUUUGAGGUCAUCCCUGGAGAUCAGCUCAUCAACACAAACCAGAAGGAGAAGCUCCAUAAGAUGGAGGUGGGCGAGGCUGCCGCCCUGUUGCAGCAGAACCGAAAGGACAGUCUGGAUUCCUCCGGCAAUGUGGAUGAUGAGGAAGAUGACGAGUCGAAAGAGUCACGAACCAGCAGCGCGAGCUGA